CCCCCAGAUGCCUUUGAUCUUUCUCUAUGUCGUUGAUACUUGCAUAGAAGAUGAGGAUUUACAGGCUCUGAAGGAAUCCAUGCAGAUGUCAUUGAGCCUUUUGCCACCUACAGCUUUGGUUGGACUUAUUACCUUUGGGAGAAUGGUGCAGGUCCAUGAGCUUGGCUGUGAAGGCAUUUCAAAGAGCUAUGUCUUCAGGGGCACAAAGGAUCUGUCUGCCAAACAACUGCAGGAAAUGCUGGGGCUCUCUAAAGUACCUGUUACUCAAGCCACACGUGGUCCUCAGGUACAGCAACCACCUCCUUCCAAUAGGUUCUUACAGCCAGUACAGAAAAUCGACAUGAAUCUCACAGAUCUUCUGGGAGAACUUCAGCGAGACCCUUGGCCUGUACCACAAGGAAAGAGGCCGCUGCGUUCCUCAGGAGUGGCGCUUUCCAUAGCUGUAGGACUGCUUGAGUGUACUUUCCCCAACACUGGUGCUCGGAUCAUGAUGUUCAUUGGUGGUCCUGCUACCCAGGGGCCUGGCAUGGUGGUGGGAGAUGAGCUAAAGACACCUAUAAGAUCCUGGCACGACAUUGAGAAGGACAAUGCCAAAUAUGUUAAAAAGGGAACUAAGCAUUUUGAAGCGUUGGCUAAUCGAGCUGCUACAACGGGGCAUGUCAUUGAUAUCUACGCCUGUGCGUUGGAUCAGACAGGCCUGCUGGAGAUGAAGUGCUGCCCUAACCUUACUGGAGGAUACAUGGUAAUGGGUGACUCUUUCAAUACUUCCUUAUUCAAGCAAACUUUUCAAAGAGUCUUCACCAAAGAUAUACAUGGCCAGUUUAAAAUGGGCUUUGGUGGCACAUUAGAAAUAAAGACUUCAAGGGAAAUAAAGAUUUCAGGAGCUAUUGGACCCUGUGUGUCUCUUAAUUCUAAAGGACCCUGCGUGUCUGAAAAUGAGAUUGGAACAGGUGGCACUUGUCAGUGGAAAAUCUGUGGACUCAGUCCCACGACAACCUUAGCCAUAUAUUUUGAAGUUGUUAAUCAGCAUAAUGCUCCAAUUCCUCAAGGAGGACGAGGUGCAGUCCAAUUUGUGACCCAGUAUCAGCACUCAAGUGGCCAGAGACGCAUCCGAGUGACCACAAUUGCUAGGAACUGGGCGGAUGCUCAAACUCAAAUCCAAAACAUUGCUGCAUCUUUUGACCAGGAAGCAGCUGCCAUUCUCAUGGCCAGGCUGGCAAUAUACAGAGCAGAAACAGAGGAAGGGCCAGACGUGCUAAGAUGGUUGGACAGACAACUCAUUCGACUGUGUCAAAAGUUUGGAGAGUACCACAAAGAUGAUCCAAAUUCCUUCCGGUUUUCAGAAACAUUUUCCCUUUAUCCACAGUUUAUGUUUCAUUUAAGAAGAUCUCCUUUCUUGCAAGUUUUUAACAAUAGUCCUGAUGAGAGUUCAUACUAUCGUCACCAUUUCAUGCGUCAGGAUCUGACACAGUCUCUAAUCAUGAUUCAGCCCAUUCUGUAUGCCUAUUCCUUCAGUGGCCCACCAGAGCCAGUUCUUCUAGACAGUAGCAGCAUUCUUGCGGAUCGGAUUCUCCUCAUGGACACAUUCUUCCAGAUUUUGAUUUAUCACGGUGAGACUAUAGCACAGUGGCGGAAGUCGGGAUACCAGGACAUGCCGGAAUAUGAAAAUUUCCGACACCUUCUGCAAGCCCCGGUAGAUGAUGCACAAGAGAUCCUUCACUCCAGAUUUCCAAUGCCAAGAUACAUUGACACGGAGCAUGGUGGCAGCCAGGCUCGUUUCCUCCUUUCGAAAGUCAACCCUUCACAGACUCAUAAUAACAUGUAUGCCUGGGGGCAGGAGUCGGGAGCACCAAUUCUCACAGACGACGUUAGCUUACAAGUGUUCAUGGACCAUUUGAAGAGACUUGCGGUGUCAAGUGCUGCCUGAUACGCCAGACGCGCCAGACACUCAGCCGGCGUUACUACUUCACUUUCUUCUGCUUUUUUCAUUUAUCUGUGGAAGCAACAGAGGUCUUUCUCUA